GUCUCUCGGCCAAUCAGCUGCCGGCGGCCGCGGCUGUUGCCUUGGCGCCCGCCAAAAUGCAACUCUUGCCUUGUGCUCUAACGCAUAUGCGUAAGAAAGAACAACGCGGACCUUGCCCUUUUGCUACCAGGGCCGCUUGAGGGCUACAGGAGAGAAAGAAGGGGUUCGUCCUCUGCUUCUUCUUUCCUCUCUGCCGAUCUGAGAUGAGAAGAAGGCUUUUUUUCUGAGUUUCUUCUGAAAAACCCACCGGACGAGUUUUUCGUUAAGGAGGCGUCCGAUUGUACACCGAAAUGUCGACCAAAAUGGACCAGAUGAGCUGGUCCUCGCCAACAUCAGGCGCUCGGCGUGGAUCGCGGCAAUUUAGCAUUUCAUCGCAACAACCUCGGCUAAGUGUCCUUUCUUCGCCCAAGAGCGAAGGCGAAGCUAUGUCAAAUGAAGCAUCGUGCGAAGACUCCCCCGCCGAAAACCUGGACUGGGUUUUAGAUCACUGCUUUCAACAGUUCAAGAUCAGAGAGGCUUAUCCACAUUUUUUCCUCAAAGUGAAAGCAAGCAGAUUCGGGCCCCCCAGAUCUCGACGUCGCAUUCUCAUCGCCCCUCCUAUGGGUGAAAUGGCGGUUCGCGGGCCCAGGCCUCACCCGCCUGAACUUCCCGCUCCAGAGCAGAAACCUGUGGACUCAGGAAAACCUCCAGAGGUUGAAGAUAAAACCGCUCUGAAAGAGGAGGCAGACCUGCAAGAGCUGGAAGCUUGGAUCAUGGGAAGAAUAGAACUGCAGAAUCUGCUGAACUGUGUGGACCUUGAGGAGUGGCUUAUGAGGAAAGAGCCCAUCAGUGAGCAGGAACAAAAUGUGCUGAGGAGGAUACAAGAAUACAAGGAAGCAUUGAAGACUAAAGUGCAAGCCAAGUUGUGGGAAGAUGACACCCUUGAGAAUGUGAUACCGAAGCCACCACACAAGAUUGUCGUCCCUCGUAUCCACGCUCCUUUCCCCAAGUCGCUCAUGACGCUGCAAAACCUUCUGCACAAGCAGAAACUCAAGCUGGUGGACCUCUUUAAGAAAUCAGACAUCACCAAGACGAUGAGGUUCAAGAGAGACGACUUCAUUAAAAUAAUCCAAGAAACCAACAUUCCUCUCAGUACAACUGACCUGGAAGAGGUGGUCACCUACCUCAUGAUGUCAAAGAAAGUGAAUUAUAUAAGCAAUGAUGACCUGGUUCAGUGUCAGAAAAUAUGGACAGAUAACAUAAGAGACCAAUGGAGGCAGCCUAAAGAAUCAAAGCCAGAAGCAGAAGAGCUCCCACCUUCCGCACCACACAAGUCUUGUAGGAAAAGCGUUACAUUCUCCAAACAUGGUGAACCAAAGAUAUGCCGGCUUGAAGUUCCCCCCAUCAACACCGAAGUAGACCGCAGGCGUCUAACUUAUAAUCAGAUGGAGGAAGCUGGGAAAAGAUACCGGGAAAUGAAACGGCGGGCUAAGAGAAAGACCAACCCCAUAGAGUACGCAGAACAGUGUCAGCUUGUAAAAUCCGGAGACGCGGUUGUGGACGGCCACUGCUUUCCGAGCACCAUCCAGGGUGAAAUGGGAGAGCUGGUGGACAAACACCGGAUGGCUUGCCACCUGGUCUACACUCAGUGUCUCAAGCUGUGUGAAAAAUACGGCAUCCCGCUUACCGAGAAGAUGCUGAAAAGGGCUUUGCUCUACCCACCGGACAAAAUUGUAAGAGAGGGGAACCAUUUCCGCAGGAUGAGACAACCUGGAGGUUAUUAUGACCAAUCUAUGUACCGAUCAAGAUUGCUGUCAGAACAAUCAAGCACUUCGGGAGACAAAAAAAGAAAGAAGACGACAGAGGUUAAGAAGCCAGAGGUCCAAAAAACAGACAAGAGCCUUAACACCCGCUAUAAGUCAUACAGAGAGUUUUGGAAAGUAAUGAAGCCUUACACAAAAAAAGCGCUUCCACCAGAUAAUUAUUUCACUGGUUAUCACGUAACCUUAGCUGAAUCAAUGGGCAUACUUGUGGAACAAUAUGUGGAAAGUGAGCUAAGGAAGAUGUUUGCCCACCUGAAUCCCAAGACUGACCCAAAUAAUUUCUGGCCAGGACAUCUUCUUAGCCAACUGCGUCUCUUUCUACCCGAGGAAGCCCGUGACAACGGGAAUGCUAUAUUCAGCCACGUUCCUCGCACGUCCCCAGCCUAUCCUGCAAGAUACAAUCCUGACCGCAGCUGGCCAGUCAAUGACCAGGGAUACGUGUUGUACGGGGAUCCAGAAUCCCAAAAGCGUAAUUAUUAUAUUUGACGGUGUUUCAAAAUGUUCCAGAACGCUGACAUUUCAUGAGCACAUGACUACUCCGGCGGAUCUGCUGUGAAAAGCCAAUAUCCUAAGCAAAACAAGGACAUGGUAAGAAGAUUGCAGUGAAAGAUGGAUGGCAACAGUCUUGUUUGGUUAAAGGGGUUUUUCAGGGCUGUCAGUAAACUAAUAAUAAUAAUAAUAAUAAUAAUAAUAAUAAUAAUAAUAAUAUACAUCUGGCUUCCCCAGCACUCUGGGUGGCUCCCAACAUAAUAUUAAUAAUAAUUAAAAAAUGAAAAAACAUCAAACAUUAAAAACUUCCCUAAACAGGGCUUCCUUCAGAUAUUUUCUAAAAGUCAUGUGCCCCAACUGCAUUUUCUAACUUUAGGCAUUCCGAAGAUGAGGAAGUAAAUGCAUGGGUUUAGGGGGCCUGCUUGCUAGGUCCCCCAGACCCCAUUGCUGAUUUUGUCACCCUUGUAUUAUCUCAGUAUUUUCCAAACUUGGGUCUCCACCUGUUUUUGGACUACAAUUCCCAUCAUCCCUGACCAUGGGUCCUGCUAGCUAGGGGUGAUGGGAAUUGUAGUCCAAAAACGGGCAGAGACCUAAUUUUGGGAAACACCAGGAGUGUUUAUGUAUCUAUGGAGAAUCAGGGUUCUUAAAUGUAUGGGGAGACUCUACAGGUACAGAAGGCUGGUCCCAGGUUCUAGCACAGGGAUAGGCAUCCUGGGGCCUUCCAGGUGUCGUUUGGCCCCCAAGUCCAUCAGCUCCAGCUAGCAUGGCCAGUGAUCAGGGAUGACAGGAGCUGUAGUUCCACAACACCUGGAAGACCACUGAUCCCCCCUCCUUGUUCAAAUAUUACUGGAGGUGUUUAGAGAAUUCUCUUUAUCCAAUCAUUUUAUACAUCACAGUCAAGGCCCUCUCUUGGUCACCUCCCAGCACCCUGGCAAAUUGAAAAGCUCAAAAGGCUCUUAGCCUUUUCUUAUAGGAAAGGUGACCUGAUUAAUUGGUCCCUGAAAUUCCUCUUUCUACACCUUUUCCAUCACUUUGGAGUCCUAGAAUGGGCUCGUGCCUUGCUUCCAAGCGUGAUGCAAAGUGCUGGCAUUAACUGAAACGUCCUAAUUUGCUCAGGAUCCAAGGGCCUUAAACUUGGGUGGUCAGACAUCAGGCAUGCAGGAUCUGUUUUGGGGAAGAGCUGUAGAUCUGUGGUAGAGCGCAUGCUCUGCAUGCCAAAAGUGCCAGGUGACACCCAUGGCAUCUGCAGAAAGGACAAAGACAUGUGCCUUUAACCCUGGAGAGGCACUAGCAUCCAUGUAGGCAACAGCUAAAUGGACCAAUUGUCUGGCUCAGUAUAAAACAGGUCUUUAUGUUUCACAAACUAGAGGGUGAAAUAGUAGCUGGGGGGAAGGGGGAGACAUUGAAAUUAACGGGCAUGACUGUUACUUCCAUUCAUUUCAACUGGUUUACUCUGAGUAAAACUUAGUUGAAUGCCCCCGAGCACAUGCUCAGCCCAGGAAUUUGCCCCAGAGCUAAGCUCACAAUCCUUUAAUACAAAAACACCUGAUUCUUCCAUAAUCUUUAUUUUAGCACAUAGUUUGGGGUGGGGGGAGUCUUAGUUGUUGCUAUAGUUAAAACAGUUGGGAGCCAGAAACAUUUGCAAAAACAUCCAGAGGUCCACCAGUAGAUCGUCAUGUUCCUUCUUUGUACUUCUGCCUUAAGGAUCACUGCAUGAAUGAGCAAUCGGCUUAAGAUCUGCCUUAGAGGUUCCCCACUGGGCAAUGUGAGGCAGGUGGUGACUAUUGACAGCGCCUUCUGUGUGGUGGCUUCCUAUCUUUAAAAUUCUAUCCCUGGGGUGUUUUUCUAACAUCAAGUCUUCUCUUUUUUGUGCCCUUUUAUUUUCCCAGGCCUUUGUGUUUUAAGUCUCCUUUUAUUGGUUUCACUCUUUUCUUAAAAGGUUUGUUGCUCUUUGUUUCUUGAUUGUAUUAUGAUUUCAUUAUUAUUAUUAUUAUUAUUAUUAUUAUUAUUAUUAUUAUUAUUUUGUAAGCUACUUUGGAAGUCCUUGAACAGGUGAAUGGAAAAA